GGGAUCUAUCCGACGUAUUUCCUAAGGGAGAUUUCGAGGCCGCACGGGAGGGUGCCAGUGCGGACCGUCUGUUCCACCUUCUCAUGGCUGCAUUUGAGAAAAUGAACAUCCCGGUUUCGAAUUUUAUUGGGUUUGCAUCGGACGGUGCCAGCGUAAUGCUUGGUCGCAAUAGCUCUUUGAUGACAAGACUGAAAGAACGCUGCCCCGGUAAGUUGUGAAAGUAAAAUAAUCGGUAGCGUUGUUGUUGCACGGGUAACUGAAACGACUUUUUCUCUGUACAGGGAUUGUGAUAAUGAGAUGUGUCUGCCAUUCCCUCCACCUGGCGGGGAAGGACGCGUUGAAAGCAUUGCCAAGAGCCCUUGAGGAUAUGGCAAGGAAUAUCCACAGUUUCUUCAAACACAGCUCAAAACGAGUUGCCCAGUUCGCUGAAUUUCAGCUCUACUUGGAGGUAGCUGAACACAAGAUGCUGAGCCUGUCUCUGACGAGGUGGCUGUGCCUGCGGGAAAAUGUAGACCGCAUCUUAGAGCAAUGGGAACCUUUGCGCCUCUACCUCACAGAGCACAGAUUAGAGGACAACACGCACGGUACCGAGAUGCUAUUCACCUGGCUUCACGACCCCAUAACGAAGGCAUACUUCCUGUUCCUGGCUUGGGCCCUCCCGAAAAUCAGUACUCUGAAUGCGUAUUUCCAGCACAAUAAGGUGGUUGUCACUUCUCUCCAUGAGAAGAUGGCGGAGGGAUACAAAGAGCUACUUAAUAGUUACAUGAAACCAAUCUACUUGAGCAGGACUCCCUUGACAGAAAUAAACCCUAGUCAGCUGGACAUGUUUUCACCCCUCGCCAAUAUGUAUCUCGGCGUUAAGGUCCAGGACCAGCUCAAACACCCAGACAUCACACCUGAAGCGUUGGAGGACUUUAGAAAGCGUUGCAGGGACUAUAUGAUCAUCCUGUGUAACGGGAUAAAGUCUCGGUUCGACUUCGGGGAUCCCCUGCUGACGGCCCUCCCCGUUCUGAAGCCAAAGACAGCCACCAAGUUCGAGGCCCGUCAGUACAGCAACUCCAUCAUUCCGUUCGCGGACCUCGUGCCCCGCGCGAAGCCCGCCGACCUGCAGGCCCUUGAUGACCAGUGGAGGCGCCUUCCCCUCGAUCCUGACAUUCCCGAUGAGGUCCUGGCGGAGGAGGAAGUCGAUGUAUUCUGGCACAAGAUUGGGCAGCUCACCGACAGCGACGGGGAACUUAAAUAUUCUGUCCUUGCUGAAUUUGUUCUGGCUGUGCUAAGUUUGCCGCACUCUAAUGCAGAUGUAGAGCGUAUCUUUAGCAAAAUUACGCUGAUAAGGACACGUCUACGAAAUCGGCUCGUCACUCCCACGGUUGAGGGGCUUUGCUUGGCGUCUGAUUGCGUCAAAUCAGCACCCGGCUGUUGUGGGUCGUUUGAGCCGCCAGAGAAAAUGCUCAACUCCAUGACAUCUGGGACUUUGUACGGCAGCAAAGACAAAGAAGCAGGCAACGCCGCAGCUGCAGCUGCAGGUGACGACCCGGAAAACGUAGUCGACGAGGAUUUCGUCUGGGAGGUGGAGGAGGAAGAUUUUGACUAGUCCUGACAAGAUCAGCAUAGCCUUAAUGCGUUGAUUUUUAUGUAUUUUAUCUUU